GGUGUGGCAAGAACUGAAACGGAGGGAGAUGGGAACAUCCCGAUUGCAAGGGGGAGGGAGGCUCGGAAUUCCCAAGCUCCAGAGCCUCCAAGUGACAUUGGGAGCCACCAUGGUGCAUUCAGCCCCCCGCCUGGACUCCAGGAUCUCCUUCCUUCUCCUGUUCCCCACCAUGCUACUGCUGCUGUUCCCAGGAGGUUUGGGGCAGGGUCCAGUACCCAGGGUCAAAUAUGCUGCAGGUGAUAGGCAUCGUUCUGUGAGCCUCUUUAGCAAGAAGGGUCUUCAGGAUUUUGAUGAACUGCUUCUAAGUGAGGAUGGGGCCACUCUGUACGUGGGUGCUCGGGACUCCAUCCUGGCCUUGAACAUUGGCAAACCAGGCAUCCCAGGCCUUCAGAGUAUGAUUCCUUGGGAAGCCAGUCCCAAGAAAAAAAGAGAUUGUGUCUUUAAGAAAAAGAGCAAUGAGACUGAAUGCUUCAACUUCAUCAGAGUCCUAGUGGCUGUCAAUGCCUCUCAGCUCUAUGCCUGUGGAACCUUUGCCUUCAGCCCAGCCUGUACCUACAUAGAGCUGCAGGACUUUUCCCCAGUCCCUAUCCCAGAAGAGAGGAUCCUGGAUGGCAAAGGACAGAGCCCCUUUGACCCUGCCCACAAGCACACAGCAGUUCUGGUGGAUGGGAUGCUCUACACUGGUACCAUGAACAACUUCCUGGGUAAUGAGCCCAUCCUGAUGCGAACCUUGGGAACCCAGCCUGUCCUCAAGACUGAUGCUUUUCUUCAGUGGCUCCAGUCGGAUGCCUCCUUUGUGGCCUCCAUCCCCUCUACCCAGGUCGUUUACUUCUUCUUUGAGGAAACAGCCAAAGAGUUUGACUUCUUCGAGAGACUCACCAUCUCCCGAGUAGCACGAGUCUGUAAGAAUGAUGUUGGUGGAGAGAAGCUACUGCAGAAGAAGUGGACGACAUUCCUAAAAGCUCAACUGCUUUGUGCCCAGCCUGGCCAGCUGCCCUUCAAUGUGAUCCGCCAUGCAGUCCUCAUGCCUGCUGACCCCCCUGCCUCUUCCAGAGUCUAUGCAGUCUUCACAUCCCAGUGGCAGGUUGGAGAGACUAACAGCUCAGCGGUCUGUGAGUUCUCUCUCUCAGACAUUGAGAAGGUCUUCGAGGGGAAAUACAAGGAGAUGAACAAAGAAAGCUCUCGAUGGAAUACAUAUAGUGGCCCUGUGAGCAGCCCCCGGCCUGGCAGUUGUUCAGUGGGUCCAUCCUCUGACAAGGCCCUGACCUUCGUGAAGGAACAUUUCCUGAUGGAUGAGAAGGUGGUGGGGAAGCCCCUGUUGGUGAAACUGGAUGUGGAGUACACUAAGUUGGCUGUGGAGACAGCCAGAGAUGUCGGUGGAAAAAGCUACUUGGUCAUGUACUUGGGCACCAACACGGGAUCUCUCCACAAGGCUGUGGUAAGUGAGGACAGGGAUACACAUCUGGUGGAGGAGAUCCAGCUGUUCCAGGAACCUGAGCCCAUCCGAAACCUACUACUGGAACCUGCCCAGGGAGCAUUAUUUGUGGGCUACUCUGGGGGGCUUCUGAGGGUCCCCCGAGCCAACUGCAGUGUCUAUGGGAGCUGUAUAGACUGUAUCCUUGCCAGGGACCCCCACUGUGCCUGGGACCCUGUUCAAAGAAGCUGCCGUGUCUUUUUCAACACCUCCACAGACUUAACUUCCUGGAAACAGGAUGUAGAUCGAGGGAACCCAGCAUGGGCCUGUGUCAAUGGGCCCAUGGGCAGAAGCCACCGACCCAAGAGUCCACCCCAGCUCAUUAAAGAAGUGCUGGCUCCCCUUCACUCCAUCUUGGAACUCCCCUGUCCCCAAACCUCUGCCCUGGCUACCUACCACUGGACUCACAGAGCAACCCCCAUUCAGACUUCUUCCUCAGCAGUCUACAAUGGUUCCCUCAUGCUCCUACUGCGGGAGGAAGUCAGAGGCCUCUACCAGUGCUGGGCAACUGAGAGUGGUUUCACCCAUCCUGUUGUUUCCUACUGGAUACAAAGCCAGGAGAAUCCCUUGCCCCUGGAUCCAGAAUUGGAAGGGAUUCCCAGAGAACAAGUGGACACUCCUUUGACUGUUGGGAGACUCAGCCCCCUAGCCACUCCUAGGUCAUACUGGUCCCACUUCAUCAUUGUCACUGUCCUCUUGGUUUUAGUGCUCUCAGGAGCCCUAAUUGGCCUCGCAUUUUCUCCACUGAGGGCACUCCAAGCACAGAGAAAAGUUCAGGGCUGUGGUACCUUGCCUCCUGGGGAAAAGGCCCCAUUGAGUGGAGAGCCCCCUCUCCAGCCUACCAAGGACACGAGGACCCUGAACAGAGGGGGUGUGGAUGCUGACAACAACCAGCUGGGGACUGAAGUGGCAUAGACCCUACAACAGCACAUAUGAGAUGAUGAAAGAUUGUAAUGGAUACUAUGGUAUGGCAAAGGUUAUCCUUGGUAAAGAUCACCUGAUCCUACCAUAGGAAAUUGUUGGGGUGACCCUACAACAACAAAUGGGAAGGGAUGGUCACCUUCCUCUUACCAAGAGGAGCUCGUCCUCCUUCUGCCACUCUGAGCCACUCUACAGAAAUAACGAGGAGCACACCCAGCAGCUUAAUACCACCCCUAGGACAUGACCCAUCUUGCAAGGACACGCCAGCCCUAGGCACCUUCCUCUGACCAAGAGCAUAGGGUGGAACCUCUCUUUUCAGGAGACUGCUCAGAGUCCUGAGUCAGUUUGGCAGUUACAAACCAUUCCAAGAGGCCCUCCAGAAAGAGACCAUGCUUGGAAAUCCUCUUGUAAUAAUAUUCCCAAGUGAUACAGUCAUUGACCCUGGCUGGAACCCAAUCAUAAGCUGUGCUGAGAUCAGACCAUGGCCUUCUUCAUCCCAGUGUUCUCAUGAAUGACCUUUGGGUGUUCUCUCCCAAGGUUUCACCUCUCCUGAUGCAAUGGGGAACAAUUUCCAAUUCCCCUUCCCCUCCCCAUAGAAUUAUGGGGAGUGGGGUAAUCUGAGCCUUGCACAUAUCUGGCCAACUUUGGCCUCUUUCAACUUGCUCUGCCCUUCUCCACCCUACAGUCUCCAUACAGAUGCAUCCUCCCUCCUCUACUCUCCCCCUUUGUUUUUGUCUUUGGAAAAGUGUAUGUCUUGCCACAGUUUAUUUUUUAUUAAAAAGA